AUGGCACAAUCACCCACAAUCGCUAUUCCAAAGAAAUCGACAGACGAGGUCGACUGGACAGGGCCAAUCCGGGCGAUUAUCAAGUCAUCGUAUGGCGAGAAUCCUGACAACUAUGCUGCAGAAUGUGCAGCUCUUCAGAGGUGCAGACAGGACGCCGUGCGAGGUGCUGGUAGCGAUCUAACGGCGGCGUCGCUCUUGACCAAGUAUUUUGGUCAGCUAGAACUCCUCGAGCUACGCUUUUCAGAGAUUCGCGUCUCAUUCCCAUGGCGAGACGCGUUCACGUCCAAGCUCACGACGCAGACGUCCAUGGCAUUCGAGAAGGCGUCUAUAAUUUAUCAAAUUGCUGCGACGCACUCUUCUAUCGCAAAUUCGCAGAACAGAUCGGACCCAGAGGGCCUCAAGCGGGCGUACUACUACUUCCGAACGUGCGCCGGGAUGCUGACGUACAUCAAUGACAACUUUCUACAUGCACCAUCAACAGAUCUCAGUCGAGAGGUCAUCAAGUUUCUUGUUGGCAUCACAAUGGCCCAGGCAAAUGAGACCUUUUACGAGACGUGCAUCGACCAGCGCAAGUCCCCCACCCUCGUAUCAAAAGUGGCAGCACACACAGCAUUUUUGUAUACGAGUCUCUGUGAAGAGGUGAAAGAGUUCUUUGGGAAGGGCAUUUUUGACCGUAAUUGGGUCACGUUGCUGCAGAUCAAAUCCAAAUACUUCACUUCCCUUAUGCAUUAUCAUCGGGCACUCGCAGACUCGGCUGCGGGAAAGCACGGCGAGGCACUCGCCAGGUUCAUCGUCGCAGAGAACAACGCCAAAGAAGCGCACAAGCUCGCAUCAUCUUUCGCGCCCUACUUUGUUACGACGCUCUCGACGACAUUGCCGGCCGACACAGGAACUGCCAUCCUUGAAAUCACCAAGGCGCACUUGGCCCUCUGCACGGAGAAACAUACUCAAGGCCAAAAGGACAACGACCUCAUCUACAACGCCAUUGUCCCUGCGGAGGCUACGCUACCCGCCAUUGACAAGAUAUCCGCGGUGACCCCUGUACCGAUUCAAGAAGUGUACGGCACGCCCGAGGUGCAAAAGACGAUUGGGCCAGACUUGUUCGCAAAGCUCAUCCCUUUGAGCGUCCACGAGGGUGCGAGUGUAUACUCGGAAGAAAAGGCCAAGAUUGUGCGCGCAGAGGUAGAAAAGGCAGAUGUGGCAGAAAGCGAGAUCAAGGCAGGACUCGAGUCGCUUGGUGUCAAGGCUGGGUUGCCCAGAUAUAAGGAGAUUGCAGAAGGCGAGGUGGAUGAUUCGGUACCGCCCACUGUGCUGUCCUGGCAUGAUGAAGUCAAGCGACGGGAAUCAACGGAUGCGGUGGAAAAGCAUCUGCAAGAGUUGGACACUCUCAAGAACAACGUGACGAGGGAUCUGAACGCCAUUGAUGAGAUGCUUGGAACAGAGAGCCGGGAGUGUGAGAUGAUGAGGGUGAAAUUUGGGCACAAAUGGACGCAGGAGCCUUCAAGUGGACCCGCGAAAGACAUUCGAAAGGACCUCAAGGACCAUAAAGCGACUCUUGAAGCUGCAGCACCCUCCGAUCAACAGGUCUACAGCUUAUGGAGUUCCAUUCGGAGUGACAUUACUCUCCUCGUCUCGAGAUCACAGCUCGAGGGAAUGUUUGCGAGCGCAGUCAGUGGGAGUGCCGCCGAUCUGCUUGAUGUUGGGGAAGCAGACACAGAUGAUGCCGAGAGGGAGAAGAUGCGCAAACUCGUGCGAGAGAUUGAAGAACGAUUGGGCAAGAUUAACAAGAUUGCCCGUGAGCGGAAUGAGGUGCUCAAAGACCUGAAAGAGAAGGUUCAAAAUGACGACGUAUCUCAUUUACUGCUUCUCAAUAGGCGAACAUCGGGUAUCGAACCGACACUCUUUGCAAACGAGUUGGAAAAAUUUAGACCCUAUCAGUCGAGGCUCGCGUCUACGACGCAUGCCCAACAAGCCACCCUGCAGGAGAUUGCGCAAUUGUGGAAGAACCUCAAAGACAAGGGCGGAAAGGGAAAAGGCGCGAAGAAAUGGGAGGAACGCGAAAAGCGCGUGCAUGCACUCGUCAAACGAUUUGGAAUCGCACGAGAAGGCUAUCUCGAGGUAUCUGAUGGCGUAAUGAAAGGGUUGCAGUUCUACAAAGAUUUGACAAACCUGACGAAGAAAUUACACGAUCGUGCAAAUACAUUUGUAUCUGCACGUAAUCGGGAACGAGAGUCGCUCGCUGGACGAUUGGAGAUUGAGACACGAUUGGAAGGUGCACCCUCGACACCGUCUGCCGGGCCACUCUCCCCAUCUCUGGGAUCCGCGCCGCGUGUUCCACCGCCUCCGCCUCGACCGCUUGAAUCGUCGUUUGCUUCGAUGAACCUUGGAGGAUCGUCUGCACCACCGCCGAUGGCACCGAGCACGGUCGCCUCUCCCCCGCCAGCGCCAAACGCAUGGCAACAGCAUCAACGCACUGCUUCGAAUGCGUAUCCUCCACCACCCCAGCAGCACACCAAUUCAUACCCUCCUCCGCCGGCUUCCUCUGGCUAUUCUUACUCGCCAUACACGCAAUCUCCUCCUCCUCCGCCGCCUGUUCAACAGCAACAACAAAGCUAUGGAUCGGGUGGCUUCCCACCUCCCCCUAAUCAACAACCGGCGAUCGGAUCAGCACCCCCGCCUCCUGAUCCGUAUGCAGGGAUGUUUAGUUCGGGCGGUUUUUCGAACCAGUUUUCCACUGCUCCUGCUCCUCCUGUUUUAUCUUCAAACGUAUCGUCGCCUCUUCCUCCCCCUCCACAGCAACAAUCAUGGGGAGCGCCGUAUAGCGGGUAUCAAUCGACAGCAUCAGGAUACGGGACACAACCACCACCGCCCCCACCACCAGCACAAUCUUAUGGAGGAUAUACUGGAUAUCAAUCACCACCUCCUGCGCAAAGCCAGCCGGCGUAUGGUGGCUAUCCGCACCAAGGGCCCGGGGCACAGGGACCUCCAGGGUCAGGAGCACCAGGUAGUGGUUAUCAAAGUGGAGGGUAUGGCCAACCAAGCUAUCAAGCCUCUGCUCCGCCGUCUUCACAGCAACCUGGCCAGCAAGCAGCGUCGUCGUCGUCAUCGUCAUUCGGAUAUGGGAUGCUUCCACCUCCUCCGGCUCCGCAUGGUGGAACGUAUCAAUAUCGAUAG